AUGAAAUCACUAUCCUGGGAAGAAAGGGGCAUACGUGUUGAUGGAAGAUUUCUUUCGAACCUUCGUUUCGCGGACUACAUCGUUCUCUUUUCGAGCAGUACCAAUGAAGCAGAAACGAUGCUCAACAAAUUGAACGAAGCAGGGAAGAGAAUAGGACUACGAAUAAACAGAAAGAAGACACAGUUCAUGAAGAACGCCUACUGCGAGGACGGAGGAGUACAACUUGAAUGCUCCCAAAUCGUGGAAACUCCGUCAUACGUACCUUGGACGUUCAAGUUCACAAGGGAGACGACCGAUAGACAACUGGUUGGCUUUCCUGAAUGUGCACAUUUACUUGCGGAAUGGGAUAUGUAA